AUGUCCACCGUAACUCUAUACACCUAUUUCCGUUCCUCAUGCUCAGCCCGACUCCGCAUCGCACUCCAUCUCAAAGGAAUCCCAUUCACCCCCGUAUUCGUCAAUCUCCUCAAAGACGAACAAUCAUCCCCAUCACACAAAGCAAUCAACCCCUCCGGCCUAGUCCCAGCCUUAAUAAUCCAGCACGGCACUCAAGACCCCAUCACCAUAACCCAAUCUCUCGCAGCACUCGAAUACAUCGAUGAAGUAUUCAAAUCUACAGGCCCCGCUCUCCUCCCUUCUGAUCCAGAAAUGAGAGCCCAAGCCCGCACGUUAGCCUCUAUUAUCGCCUGCGACGUGCAACCUGUUACGAACCUUAGGAUCCUCAAGCGUGUUGGGGUACUAGGUGCUGAUAGAGCGGAGUGGUCUAGGGAGUUGAUUGAGCAGGGUCUUGAGGCUUAUGAGGUGCUUGUGAAGAAUUCCGCGGGGAGGUUUAGUGUUGGUGAUACUGUUUGUGUUGCGGAUAUUUGUCUUAUUCCUGCUGCUUGGGGGGCGGAGAGGGUGGGUGUUGAUUUGGGAGCGUUUCCGGUUACGGAGGGGAUUGUUAGGAGGUUGGAGGGGGUGGAGGCUGUGGCUUUGGGGCAUUGGAGGAAUCAGGAUGAUACGCCUGUUGAGUUGAGGGUUUGA